CACACUCCCGGAAGUGCGUUGCUUAAAUAAAAAAUGGCGGACCACAGAUUUAGCAGAGGUUUCAAAUCGCCAGUGUUGUGGCUUUUUUCUGUGCAAUCUUUAAUCAAAUUGUGUUUGUCUAUUCUCGCGUCGAGUGCUGUAGUCGUCGAAUGUCAAAUUGAAGAUCCAUUCCGAGCAGGAAAUAGCGUUUUUUCACCGGCUGUUGCAGCAGCACGGGAUCUACGGUACCUGCUUUACGACAUCAACCCCCCAGAGGGUUUCAACCUUCGUCGGGAUGUGUACAUUCGCAUGGCAUCCCUGGUGAAGACCCUGAGGAGACACAGUGACUGGGUGCUGGUGCUGCCCCCCUGGGGACGUCUUUACCACUGGCAGAGCCCAGACAUCCACCAGAUCAGGAUCCCCUGGGGAGAGUUCUUCAGCCUCACUAGCUUGCAGGGCAACGUGCCUGUCAUAGAGUACGAGGAGUUUAUAGCUGAGUCUGGAGGCCCAUUUAUUGAACAGGUCCUGGUGCUACAGAACUAUGCUGAAGGGUGGACUGACGGGAAAUGGGAGGAGAAAGUGGACCAGCGACCCUGCGUUGAACGGUUAUUGUACUCCAAAGACAAACAGGGUUAUUACAGAGGAUGGUUUUGGGGCUACGAGGAAACCAGGGGUGUGAACGUCACUUGUCUGUCAGCUCAGGGCCACGCCUCCAUCCUGGCACCACUCCUGCAGAACAACAUCACAUCAACUUCUGUGAUGUUGGACAAAGCAGAGACUGUCCUCCAUGAUCACUACGCAGGAAAGGACUACUGGGAUACUCGCCGCAGUAUGGUCUUUUCCAAACACCUGCGUCUCCUAGGGGACGAGUUCCGUGCAAAGUACCUGAACUCCACAGACGAGCAGGACCAGACCGUAUACAACGAGGACUGGACUCGCAUUAAGAAUAAGCUGGGUUCUGCCAGAGGGGGGCCGUACCUGGGUGUCCACCUGAGGAGGAAGGAUUUUAUCUGGGGUCACAGAGAGGAUGUGCCCAGCCUCAAAGGAGCUGUCAAGAAGAUCAGGGACCUCAUGAAGAAAAACAAACUAGACAGAGUCUUUGUUGCCACUGACGCAGAUGAGGAAGAGCUGGAGGAGCUGAAGAAGAUAUUACCAGAGAUUACACGCUUUGAACCCACCUGGGAGGACCUGGAACUACUCAAGGACGGGGGCGUGGCUAUCGUCGACCAAUGGAUCUGCGCACAUGCCAGGUAUUUUAUCGGAACAUCUGUGUCGACCUUCUCUUUCCGGAUCCACGAGGAGAGAGAGAUUCUGGGAUUCGACCCCAAAACGACCUACAACCGCUUCUGUGGGGACAGCGAGAAGGAGUGUGAACAGCCCACACACUGGAAAAUAGUCUACUGAUGCAAUGACGUGACACCCCUCUCAACAGCUCUCAAAGAACAUGCCAAUUGCAGUGUUAAAGUGGAGCUUUGUUAUUUUUAUAUAUACAUUUGAAGUCAGACGUUUACGUACACUAAGGUUGGAGUCAUUAAAACUCGUUUUUUAACCACUCCACAAAUGUCUUGUUAACAAACUGUAGUUUUGGCAAGUCGGUUAGGACAUCUACUUUGUGCAUGACACAACAAAUUUUUCCAACAAUUGUUUACAAACAGAUUAUUUCACUGUAUCACAAUUCAGAAGUUUACAUACACUAAAUUGACUGUGCCUUUAAACAGCUUGGAAAAUUACAGAAACUGAUGUCAUGGCAUUAGAAGCUUCUGAUAGACUAAUUGACAUUAUUUGAGUCAAUCGGAGGUGUACCUGUGGAUGUACUUCAGGGCCUACCUUCAAACUCAGUGCCUCUGCUUGACAUUGUGGAAAAUCAAAAUAAAUAAGCCAAGACCUCAGAAAAACAUUAUAGACCUCCACAAGUCUGGUUCAUCCUUGGGAGCAAUUUCCAAAUGCAUGAAGUACCACGUUCAUUUGUACAAACAAUAGUACGCAAGUAUAAACACCAUGGGACCACGCAGCCGUCAUACCGCUCAGGAAGGAAACGCAUUCUGUCUCCUAGAGAUGAACGUACUUUGGUGCAAAAAUUGCAAAUCAAUCCCAGAACAACAGCAAAGGACCUUGUGAAAAAGCUGGAGGAAACAGGUACAUAUUAUCUAUAUCCACAGUAAAACGAGUCCUAUAUCGAAAUUAUCUGAAAGGCCGCUCAACAAGGAAGAAGCCACUGCUCCGAAACUGCCAUAAAAAAGCCAAACUACGGUUUGCAACUGCACAUGGGGACAAAGAUCAUACUUUUUGGAGUCUGAUGAAACAAAAAUAGAACUGUUUGGCCAUAAUGACCAUCGUUAUGUUUGGAGGAAAAGGAGGAUGCUUGCAAGCCAAAGAACACCAUCCCAACCGUGAAGCACGGGAGUGGCAGCAUCAUGUUGUGGGAGUGCUUUGCUGCAGGAGGUACUGGUGCACUUCACAAAAUAGAUGGCAUCAUGAGGAGGAAAAUUAUGUGAAUAUAUUGAAGCAACAUUUCAAGACUUCAGUCAGGAAGUUAACGCUUGGUCGCAAAUGGGUCUUCCAAAUGGACAAUGACCCCAAGCAUACUUCCAAAGUUGUGGCAAAAUGGCUUAAGGACAACAAAGUCAAGGUAGUGUCCAUCACAAAGCCCUGACCUCAAUCAUAUAGAACAUUUGCUGACAACUGAAAAAGCAUGUGUGAGCAAGGAUACCUACAAACCUGACUCAGUUACACCAGCUCUGUCAGGAGGAAUGGGCCAAAAUUCACCCAACUUAUUGUGGGAAGCUUGUGGAAGGCUCCCUGACACAUUUGACCCAAGUUAAACAAUUGAAUGGCAAUGCUACCAACUACUAAUUGAGUGUAUAUAAAAGUCUGACCCACUGGGAAUGUGAUGAAAUAAAUUAAAGCUGAAGUAAAUAAUUCUCUCUAUUAUUAUUCUGACAUUUCACGUUCUUAAAAUAAAGUGGUGAACCUAACUGACCUAAAACAGGGAAUUUUUACUAGAAUUAAAUAUCAGGAAUUGUGAAAAACUGAGUUUAAAUGUAUUUGGCUAAGGUGUAUGUAAUCUUGCAACUUCAACUGUAUAUAUGUACAAUAUAUGUUCUAAUAGUGUUUUUUGUGUCAUGUUUUUAUUGUUUUGAGAAUUGUGCAAACUGUGAAUAGACAAAAACCUUCAAAUACUUUUUAAAGAACAGAUGUUUUAAAGGUCACCACUUUAUUUUCACUUGUUUGCACUCAUGUCUGCUAACUUUACAUAUAUAAACCAUUGUUUUAUCAAUCAUAAUGGCAGCACCUCGUAUGUGUGAAAAUGAUCAUCAGAUUUGGCUGAUAGUAAUGGUAUAAUAAUGGUAUACAGUUCCUUUCAGAAAGUAUUCAGAACCCUUGACUUUUUCCACAUUUUGUUACGUUAAAGCCUUAUUCUAAAAUUGAUUAAAUAAAAAAAUCCUCAGCAAUCUACACACAAUACAGAGCGCUCAGGACCUCAGACUGGGGCGAAGGUUCACCUUCCAAAAGGACAAUGACCCUAAGCACUCAGCCAAGACAAUGCAGGAGUGGUUUUGGGUCAAGUUUCUGAAUGUUCUUGAGUGGCCCAGCUAGAGCCCGGACUUAAACCUGAUUUAACGUCUCUGGUGAGACCUGAAAAUAACUGUGCAGCAAUGCUCCCCAUCCAACCUGACAGAGCUUGAGAGGAAUUCUAUAAACCUGUUUUUGAUUUGUCAUUAUGGGGUAUUGUGUGUAGGUUGAUGAGGUGAACUAACUAUUUAAUCAAUUUUAGAAUCCGGCUGUACAAAUAUGUGGAAAAAGUCAAAGGGUCUGAAUACUUUUAGGGGAAUUAUUUGUUGGGGUAACAUGAAUUGAAAGAGCAGUGUCUUCUUUCAUUUACUUCUGCCAAUUCAAAGUCUAUUUGGUUGUGAAUCGUCCUUUAUUAUGCUGUACCACAUUUUGGUGAGCUUGAGAAACCUUUGUUCUUUUUGUAGGGUUUUCCUUUGUUUUCUUUUCCUUUGUGUGUAGCCUAUGAUAGAAACUUUGCUGCUUGGUUGACAAUACAGUUUUCCAACAGAGAGAAGCAGAUAUGUGGCUAAGUAUAGUAUGUUGAUGUGCCAUUUUUGUUCCACUUGACCUGUUAAAAGGUAAGUUCAAAGCCGCAUAGUGAACAUGGAUGGACCAGUUUAUCUAUCUAUAUUUUAUAUGAUCAGAUAUCAACAUAACUCUGACAAAGAUUACAAUUACAGUAACAUUUGUUCUACAGACUACAUAUACUGUAUAAAAAUUGAAUGACAAAUGUUGUGACAAUUUUGUACUUUUCCAAUUGUAUGACUGUCAUUUGGGAAAGGAUUUAAUUUUAAACUAUUUUCAAGACUAAAUCAGAGCUCAUACCGUAUUUUUGCUGAUUACAUCAUCUUUUUUUCUUUCCUUUUUCUUACAACAAAAGAACUGACACAAAGUUAUCACCUGACAAGAUGUUCUAAGGUGACCGCCAUUAGAGGCUAUUUUCAAAGAACUAGACCCAGCCGUGUUUUUAUUCCUGAGAAAGCAAAUAUGUUCGAUGAGGACAUGUGUUGGUUCAUUUCAAGAGGAAAAACCUCAAUGUAUCUUAUCAGUUGAUCAAAUACAUUUUGUUUGUACAAUUGAGAGUUCAUUUUUGUAAUAAUGAGAGUUGACUACUAUAGCACAACAGUAGGCAAUAAUCCUAUUCAAGAGUUAGUUGUUCGGCUAUGAGAGAGGAGUUUUGCAAGUCAUUGUAUAUGUUUUUCAAGUCUGAAAUAGUUCAAUGUACACUACCGUUCAAAAGGGAGGGGGUCACUUAGAAAUGUCCUUGUUUUUUAAAGAAAACAUCAAAUUGAUCAGAAAUACAGUGUCGACAUUGUUAAUGUUGUAAAUUACUAUUGUAACUGCAAACGGCAGAUUUUUAAUAGAAUAUCUACAUAGGCGUACAGAGGCCCAUUAUCAGCAACCAUCACUCCUGUGUUCCAAUGGCACGUUGUGUUAGCUAAACCAAGUUUAUCAUUUUAAAAGGCUAAUUGAACAUUAGAAAACCCUUUUGCAAUUAUGUUAGUACAGCUGAAAUCUGUUGUUCUGAUUGAAGAAGCAAUAAAACUGGCCUUUACACUA